AUGGUGAAAGUUACCGUAACCCUGUAUGCAAUCAUCGUGAUAUUAAUAUUAUUACCAUCUCCUUCAACCCAACUAAAACAAUUUACAUACGAAGAUCCUCAAGCUGGCUUAGAUCUUCUUGAUGAUAGCAAAUACAGCGAUGGAACAAUAAUCUUACGUUUCGGAAAUCCAAUGAAGCAAGUUAAUGGAAGUACAACGUGCUGGGAUAAUACCAUUUAUCUUCGAAUAAUUUAUCCAAAUGCUUCAAUUAGUUUCCUUUCGAUUUCAAAUCACGGAAUCCCAGAUUUUAAUUUUUGUUUAAAUAACGAAACCGAAACUGAUUAUAUGACGACGACAUGGGGAUUCGAUCAAAAAUUUAUGCUUACUUUUUAUAAUUCUUCGAAUGUAACGACUUCAGCAAUAAUGGGACUUUUUAUUAAUUUUGAAGGAAAGAUUUUAAGCACAGUGAAAUUGCACGAUGCCCUUAUAGAUGAUGGAGGCAUACAGGGUUACUGGUUUGUCAUCCCAAAUUCUAGUUCAAAUGAUGGCUUUUUAUUUUACUGUCGCGGUGCGACGGUAAUAAGCUGGGUACAUUUCAGCGCUCCAAACAAAAACGGAAAAAUCAUCGAAAUAGCUAAUGAAAUAGUCCAAACAAAUAUUAAAAUUGUAACAACAUCAGCUUUUUAUAUGUUAGAGAAGGGAUUUGCCAUAGCUUACGGAGGAGACGAUUCCACUGCAAACACCAGUAUUGGUACGACUAAUGGAGUAUACAUAAUAUUUUAUUAUUUUGAAAUGGGCACACGAACAGGGCUAUCCUUGUUAUAUCAAACUCCCACAAGAAUCUUAAAGUCGAAAAAGAAUAAUACUUAUCAAACUUUAACAUUAAAACGAAUUAUAUGUAGAGUUGAUUUUAGCGGUGCUGGAAAUAUAUGGAAUAUGAAAAAUAUCUCUAAUGAUGAUUAUAGUAUCCAACCCCUUCAGUUCGGUGGUUAUUUAAUGAUAGUAACAUCUGAAGAAAAUCUUCUUUAUGGUCGUAUUCUUGAUGAAAAUGGAGAUUUUUAUGGAAACUGGUCAUUACCACAACCUUUAAAUGAUCCCAUACACAAAAGCACAUAUGUUCUUCUUACAAAUGAUUCAAUUAUUGCUGUGGAAAAUCAAAAUAAUUCAAUUUGGAAAGUGACAUGUGAUAAUUCAACUAAAUUAACAGGCCAAGAUUAUAAAUUCAAUAAUCCGAUCAUAUCAUCAACAAAGCCAGCAUUAGGAUCCCGAGUAAACGAAUCUACAAACCAACUUUAUUUAUCAUUCACUUAUCCUGUAAUUCUUUCCACUUCAAAUAUUUCAAUAUAUCAACGUAUUAAUGGAGGAAAAGAUGACUUAUUACGCCAAAAAUUUCAAGGUGAUUCACCAAAUAAAUUUUGUCGAAUUGAUCCAAAUGAUAAUAAAACCGUUAUAAUAGAUGUACUUCCUAGUACUUUUAAUGAACCUAAUAGUCAUUAUUAUGUCGUUAUUGAGGAUAAUUUUGUAAAACGUAGUGAUUCAAAUGAAGCACUUUUGGGAAUUGACAAAAACUUAUGGACUCUGGUCACAAGUUUUUCUAUAAAAUUUAACUUUAACUAUACUUUAGACCAAAUAACCGGCAUCAUCCGUCUAACACCUGAUGGCUCUAGUUAUUACCUUUCUCUUAGCUCAGAUGACCAACAAAAUUUUAACAAGCAAAUGGCCACCGACCUCUCUUAUAUAAUUCCCGUUGAUGUCAACAGAUUUACACCUAUAAACGGAUUCGAAGAAGACAUGUCUACAGGGACUUUGCAAAUAUUGCUUUUUUUUAACAUUAAGGAUACCACAGAUUUGUCAAAGAAGAGUGCAUCUAAUAUAACUCAAGAUUUCAACACAUUGUUGAAAUAUAAGAAUUAUAAUGCUUUAAUGAAUUAUAAUACAACUUUAUUAAUUGAUGAGAAUUGUCCUAUGACAAUUGCCCGUAACAUUAUCUUUGAGAGAUCAUUUGGUGCUGAUUAUAAUUAUCAUUGUUGUGUUAGUGGUCUUGGUUAUACUAUAUUUUUUAGCUUCGUGGAAAUAUAA